AUGGCAACGGUGUCUACAGAUUCUUUCUCGUUAUCCAUACAGCAGACACCGAAGGGACACCCCUCCUUUGUGAAUCUUGACACGAAACAUAAAUGUCUCCUGUGCAGAGAUGUGCUUCGGGAUGCAGUACAAACCCUUUGUGGACACAGGAUGUGUGAGGUGUGCGCUUUUAAAGUGGUCGAUGAGCCGCCUCCCAGGAGGUGCCCGGGGAAGGACGACAUGUGUGUGCCUAAUCUGAGAACGGAAGAGAUUUUCCGAGAUCCUAGCGCCAGGCGUGAAAUCGCUGCUCUCCUUGUAUACUGUUCUAAUAAAGACCAAGGAUGUAUAGAAGAAUUACAAUGGAAACAACUAGAGGGACAUAACAUGCACUGUUACUACAAACCUGUACAGUGUAGCUUUGUAAAUAAUGGGUGUAAUGUACGGACUCUCAAAAAGGACCUUGAGGAACAUCUGGAGCAAUGUCAAUAUAGAUACGUGCUUUGUUCCUUCUGUCAGGAGGAGGUCAUCUUCAAUCAAAAACAGGAUCAUGAAUCAAUCCAGUGUAUUAAUUACCCUAUUGCCUGCACGAACAGUUGCGAUAUUACCUACUUACCAAGAAAAGAGAUGAAGGAUCACGAACAGGGAUGUCCGAACAGACCAUUUCACUGUAAGUUUUCAAAUGUGGGAUGUGAUUUUUCAGGAUUACAAGAAGCGGUGAGGAAACAUGAAGAGGAAUCAUUUGACCAACACCUAGAGCUGAUCACUGUGUAUACGGCCAGUAUUGACCUCCAAAGUAUGGAGAUCCGGAGGGAACUACAAGAUAUCUCUAAAAGUCGAGACAGUUCCAAAAAUACAGUUGACAAAUAUCUUUGGGAAAUGACGAGCUUAAGAGAGGACAUGGACUCCAAGAAAAAAGCGAUAAAGGAUAUCAAGUUGCAAUGCGUUGCUCAAGCUGAACAACUAAUCCACUUGGAGAGAAGACUGAAGGAUUCCGCGGGGAAAGAUAUGGUGGAGAAACAAGGGAGAGACAUAAAAACUCUUCAGUGCGGACAGACAGACAUCUCAGACAGGGUGACACGGCUUGAGCAGAGUGGUCUGGCUGGUGGUUAUUGGCACGUAGCCGAAGGCGAUGUCGACAGCCAACUACAGAAUCACGAAAGACAAAUCGGGCUUAUGGAUAUCCGCCUUUCUGAAUUAGACUUGCGACUUGAGAUUCAGGAAACAGCAUCGUUGAAUGGUGUUUUGAUGUGGAAAAUACAGGAUUACAGGAGACGGAAACAGGAAGCAGUAAAUGGCAGGACACUUUCUUUAUUUAGUCAGCCCUUUUACACCAGUCAAUUUGGCUAUAAAAUGUGUGCUAGGGUCUACCUAAAUGGCGAUGGUAUUGGAAAAGGUACACACAUGUCGCUGUUCUUUGUGGUGAUGAGAGGCGAUUUUGACUCUCUACUGCCUUGGCCCUUUCAACAGAAUGUGUCCAUGAUAUUACUGAAUCAGGAUACGGGAACUAAGAGGUUGUCGGAUUCUUUUAGACUUGAUCCAAACAGCAGCAGUUUUAGACGGCCACAGACAGAAAUGAAUAUUGCAUCAGGUUGUCCUGUAUUUGUAUCUCACUCAGUGCUUGAGACAAUAACCUACCUCCUCGAAGAUACACUAUUUAUCAAGAUUGAAGUGGAUACGAAUGGCAUCAAUCCACCAUAAUCAUAUCAGACUUGGAGUUGUGUAUAAAAUGAAGUUUUGCUACAUAACAGAACACUCUAGUCUUUGUCCCUCGUCUGAUAUUUGUCAGAAUUGCUUUGUCUUAAGUGUGCUUUGCAUAUGUAUUAUAAGAUACUCUAUGUAAAAAAAUAUAUCUGUAUAUUUCAUUUUGAUAAACCGUUUGACUAAGAUGUAGAUUUGAAAUUGUCUAUUUGACAUCGUACGACGUCGGUUGACAUUGACAAAAAUGUGUAUUUAGGUACAGCAAGCGAUGGCAGGUGAUACAUGUAGGAUGAUAUUUGAACAAUUCAGCUGCUACUGUUUUGAUUGUAGCUUGCACAGGUGGUGGCCUUCAGAGAAACAACAUUCUAUGUACUGUGUACUGAUAUUUGAUACCAUAGUAACAUGUGGGGUCACUGAACAAAUUGUUCGUACAUGCUGCAGAAUGAGGCUGGCUACUUUUAAAUAUUUAAAUUGUGUUUGUAGUUGUUUACAUAAUGUGUCGACCCAAUGAGGCAAUGCGAUUGUUUAUAAUAAAUAUCUGGUUUAUUCCUGAUAUGAGCUGUGUAUGUUUAUGUAUAGACACAUAUUUAUGUAUAGUAAUGGAUGCCGAUAGCGCAUUUCAUUAAUUGCAUCUCAACAGUUUAAGAGAUUUAAUCAAUUAAUGUCGAUAAAAAACAUUUCAUUUGAAGACAUGUCAAUACAUUUUAUUAGCCGGGGUAGUAAGUUCUUAUAUAUUCUUUAGUCAUUGAACACUGAUAAGAUAAGUUUUUCGUCCAUAAAGUAUGAGACUGACACCAAUAACAGAUAUCAAAUCGACAGGGCGGGGGAGUGCGACUGAGGCCGAAAUAGUUUCAUUGGAAUUACAUAAUCACUAUUCUGUUAAAAACAUAUUACUUGGAACUCAGCGGGUUUGUAUCUGUCUAGUCCCGACGAGUGGGAGUCACAAGCCUGGUGUGACUGUCUUUAAAUAGUCAUGGGAACGUUAUCGUACGACGUGAACUGCAUAUCUCAGUAUUUUAAAUUCCCUACGUACUUGACCUAGUUGAGCAAAUCAAUGGGACAGGGGAAGUUCAGUCCUCUCCGCGUAUUGAUAUACCGGCUUAUGAUAAAUUAAUCAAUCAUUUCGAGCUACCUGUAUAGUGUUGCAUAUACUUAUGUAAUGCUAAAUGACGGGUUUCGUCAAAGCUCCCAAUUAUUUUGUUAAUGGCAAAUGAAUGGUUGUUAGGGCUUGUUAACAUUUCCGUUUUUUACACAAAGUUCGCAGUAUUUAUCUAAAUACGGGGAAGUGUUGACUAGUGAUUUCUACAAUCGUUAAGCGUGUACUCAUUGAGUAGCCUCUGAGUGGGCGGUGAAUAUCCUUGUCGGUAGGUCUCAAAGUCUCCAAAACACGUGGGUGUCAAUGUACAUUAUGAGGCGCGGAUAUAUCUUCCAUGUCACUGCUCUCCUCUUCAAAGUUCGCCCACAUACAAUAUUAUGAAAUUACAGUGUGUGUACCUGUGUGAAUACAUAUGCACACAUGUUGCAACUUUAUCUAGAAGACAGUCCCAGGUACAUGUAGUUCAAUGGACAAUUUAGUCAAGGAUGCUUUUUAUCAUUCAAACAGAAUCGAAAAAUAAUAUAUAUCAAAACUAAAUAAUCCACAGUUAAUAGUUAUCUGCUACGUAGCUAAUGUCCAGUAUGGUCAGUUUACUUCUAUGUUACUGCUCUCUUCAUCAAAGUUCGCCCAAAUACAAUGUAAUGUUCGUAUGUUAAUACUUAGAUCUGAUUAUUGAUGUACAUGUAUCACAAUUGAUAUAUUAACUGAUGGAUAAUUAUUUUGAUUAUCCAAAUCGACUAAUACAAGAUUUAUUUACAAUCUGCAGACAUAGGGGCCGAGGGGGAAUUCGUGUUCAUGAAAAAAAUACCGAUAAGUUAAUACAAUUCAGGAAUUUUUACCACAGGAAGUAGACAUUAUAUAUAUGUGAUAAAUGGUGAUAUACUGCUAUAAAAACCGAAACCAUAACGUGACUAAUUUUAUUCAGUAUUCCUACCUUCUAAUAUAUAUAUCAACUAUCGAUUCACAGCGAUGUCAUUUUGUUAAACCUUUUAGUUAUAUCAUUUAUCUAUAUAUUUAUUUAUUUACUUUUACCAAAUGUUCACCACCUAAGAUGUUUUCUAAUUAAUUAUUAUAUACCCUCGGCAAAUUAAUUAUCUACCGAUAUUUUCCGUUGUUUAUACCUACUGAAUUUGUGUAACUGUUCCAUGUUCUAUGUCUAUAUGAGAGAAAGAGACAGACAGACAGAGAGAAAGAGAGAGA